UUACAGCUGGACACCAAAAGCAGUCCGCUAGCCCUGCUAGCGCAGACGUGCAGCGCAAUCGGUGCGGAUACUACCAACCCGAAACUGCUUGCCGCCAACAUCGAAAAAUCAACCAAAUCGUCGCUGAAGUCUGGUGGCGUUGAUGGACGCGACAAAUCCUCGCCGGUUAGCAGUCAAUCAUCGUCCGUGUCAACCGGGUCCGUGGAACACAUCAAAUCCAGCUUUAAGCCAUAUGAGUCGAAUAAUAACAUAACAAACAACAAUCAUAUGCGAGACAGACUUGAAUUAGAGACAGAACGCGCCACCAAUCUAAGUACUGGUGCGUCUGCGAACAGUUUAAAUCUCAUCGGCAAUAGCGGCCGAGUGCGAACACCAAAGAGCAAUGGCAGCGGCAGCGUUAUGCUGUUGAAUGGCCAACAGCAGGCAGCACAGCUGCAACAACAACGUUGUGAUUCAAACCAAAGUGCCACCUCACAGCGCGACUCGCCAGCGACCAGCAUGAAUGGUUUGCACAAGAGUUCGCCUAUUGCCUCCGCUGGCGCUGUGAUGGAUUUGCAGCAACGUAUAAGUAAUAGUAGUAGUCCGCAGCAACGCUCCUCCUCCAAGGAAUCGGCGACGUUGAGUCACACAACUAGCAGUGCGCAAAUGAGUCCAAGUGCUGCGGCUGCAGCAGCUGCUAGCCAAUCACGUUUGCAAUCGGCCACUGACACGGCCAUCGCUGCUGCCAAAGAAGCCAACUACGUUAAAGCGUUACAUGCUGCGGCUGCCGCUGCAGGUGUGCCGACGACGAGCUCAGGUUCCUACUAUGCUGGCUAUCCGGGUGGUAAUCCCUCGAGCGGGCUACCAUAUGCAAUGGACGUGAUGACGGCGAGCGCUCUAAUGUCACAGCACCAUCCAAUAUUUAAGGCUGCCGCUUUACAUCCUUACUUGAACUACGCCCGUCUGAAGGGCAUCGAUCCAGCCACCAUGAUGACACCGAAUAUCUGCCGUGAUCCCUACUGCACCGGUUGUCCAUCCUCGCCGCAUUUUCUCAACAAAGCCGCCGGGCAGCCAUGUGCUGCCGGUUGCCCACAGUGUGAGGGUAGCAGUGGUAAAUCGUCAUCGAUGGGCGGAGGCGGCUCUUCGGCUGCAGCCGCCGUUGCAGCAGCGGCCGCUUCAUCAUAUCACGCGCAAUUGGCUGCGCUGGCUGCUGCCUCACAAAUGCCCUACGUCUGUUCGUGGAUCAGCGCCGAUGCGGCGUAUUGCGGUAAGCGCUUCGCCACCUCCGAUGAGCUGUUUCAACAUUUGCGCACACACACCGCAUCGCUGCCUGACUCAGUGCUGAGCGCUGCUGCUGCAGGCGGUAUCCCACCCACACAUCCGCUAUUUCAGCGCACUUACCCCACACCGCCGUUGAGUCCCCUGUCCGCUGCACGCUAUCAUCCAUAUGGCAAACCGUCCAUGCUACCACCGCCACUUGCCUCUGCAGCUGGCACAUUGAGUGGUUUGCCGAUGCCACCACACCCGGCGCUAGCGCAGUACUUUGCGCCCUAUUCUCUUUACGGACCGCCGCGGAUGGGAUCAUCGCAUCCAUAGUAGGACGCAGUGAGCGCAAGAGCUCGAGACGCCUACAGAGCGCACCUGAAAUAAAUGGACUCAUUGGUUGAAUAGCUGAUUCGUUUUAUCUUUGCAGUCAAUUUUGGCAUUGAAUGUCUUUCCUCUGAUAAUUUCUUUACACUGGAAAAAAUGUAUCUACAAAACGUAGCAGGCACGAAUUAUUGUUGCGUAAAAUGCUAGUGAUGUAACAUAUUAUAUGUACAUACGUAUGUGUGUGAUGUACGUUUGUAUGUGCGGUUUCGCAUACGCGCAGAAGCAUGCAAUUACUUGUACUGUAUGUAAUUAUAAUUACUAAAAAUAUGCAAAUAAUUAUUGUCAUUGUACAGAGCAUUUGUGCCACCUGGCGCGAUGCUACAAAAAUAAAAGAAGAAAUAUUUAUUUUAUUAACUAAAUAAUUAAAAUGUUUAUCAAAAUUAAAAAUAAAUAAAAUGUAUGUAUGUAUAAUCUAAAUAUCAAAAUUAAAGUCGAAACAGCGUUGUUGUAUAUUUUAAAGUCUAAAUUACGAAUGGCGUCUAUGUUGUAAUAAAAUUACAAGUAAAUGUACUCUAAGGUUCAAUUAAGUCAUCAGCAAAGAAAUAAUAAAAUCACGUCAAACAUUAA